AGCGGCCACAAGGCGUGUUACAAGGACAGCAGCACAACAUCAUGGCAGAAACAAUCAUGCUGAUUCGGGGCCUGACGAUGUUGGUGAUGGCCAGUUUGAGUCUGGUGGGUAACGUGAGUGUUAUCGUAGCUACCCUCUCCUCUCCUUUCCUCCAUACCCCCUCUCACGUGUUAGUGGCAUUCCUUUGCUUCUUUCACCUGCUCAGUGCUGCUCUCAGCAUGAUUCCUAUUGGUAUUUCCUGUCUUACUGAACGCUGGAUCGGGGGAGAUUCGGACGGGUUUUUCUGCGAGAUGUUUGGAGUAACAGUGAUCCUGCUCACCAUCAUCCCCUUCAACCUCCUAGUGGUAAUCUCCAUAGACAAGUUCACAGCUGUAAAGUACCCCCUCCAGUACAACCGGAUCGUUACUAAGAAAACAGUGUUUGGUAUGAUAGUGUCCUGCAUCGUGCUGCCUCUACUCGGUCUGGUUCCCAUCCAGAAGAUCCUGAUAGAUUCCAGCCGGAUGUAUACCAUGUUCUACCCUCCCUACGGUUCCUGUCAGCUGGUCAUAGCCUCCGCUGAUUGUGUCCUCUGCUACGUUCUCUACGGCAUAUUCUUCGCGUUCCAGGUCCUCCCACUCCUAGCUAUCAUCGUCUUCUACUCCUUGAUAUUUGUGGAGGUGAAGAAGCAGGUGAAGAACGCACGAGCUCAGAGUCUGGAUAAGAAGAACAUGCUGGAUUGCCACAAAGCCACGGUGACAAUCUUCCUCCUGGUGUUAACCUACGUACUGACAUGGUUACCCGAGUGGACCCUGGACUUCCUAGCGUUUCUGGGAGUAGGAAGGGAGAACACGGUGUUAUACAACUUGCAGAUAGCAUCUAGGUGGAUAUUCUUCCUUAGCCCUGUAGCUGACCCCUUCAUAUACGCACUACGUCAUAAUAAGGUACAACAAGAACUAAAGAGACUGUUGUGUCCAGCACCUCAAACUAUUAAUAAACCAGAUAGCAAGUCGUGGGACGUUCCCUUCACCAACAUCCGCAAACUAUUUACUUACCAGCAAUUACCUAGCUAUAACAGCGAUAUCAGUAACAACCAUGUUCACCAUGGUACGAGAACGAGCAGUAUAACGAACAGUGAGGGUAGCAAGAGACCUAGUCUGGGUGAUUUCAGCCUUCAUCUCGUCAAGAACAACGUUAACUGCGUGCCAGAGACCAUCGUAUAAACGCCAUCCUUCAUUAUCCAUCGGAAUUGUGUCGGCACAGCGAUUUUUCGGAAUAAAUCGAUGUUUGAACACAAGGAAAUGUUUUUUGGAGGGAGUCUAACAAUUUGUGGCCCCAUGUUUCAAUAGUUAGAACUCUUGCUGAGCGGUGCGCUUAAUUCGUAAUUUUUAUCCUUGCUACAAUUUCAGACUUUUUAUGAUUUGAGAUUACGCAUUGUAAUUAGAAUUAGUAUGUACGAAAUAAUAUAUAAACAACGAACCAACUAAUUAUCAUUUAACAUGAACUUAAUGACCUAACUAAUUGCAAUUGCAUGCUGCUAAUUAGCGAGAUAACUUAAAGUUAAAUAAAAUUAUGUCAGUCCGAAUUUAUAUGUUUUUUCUGAUUCGACUAGAUCUAGUAAUUGACUACUGUUUAUUGAUUAACAUGGUUGCUCGUUUGUCGUUCGUGGAGUGCGCGUGGAGUGCGCACCUCCUAACAGAACUCACUACGCCAUAUGGUCAAGUGAAAUCUUUAUUUAUAUAACUAUGUGCAAUAUUAUCAGAGCAUGAUACCUUGUUGGUGCAUGACCCUGAAUAAAUAUAACGGUCACGGAGCGUCCACAGAACCAAACUUAAGCAGUUUCUGUUUAUUUCUAUUUAUUUGAAAUUCCAUAUUAUUAACUGAUAACAAUUUAUUAUUUUAAGUUUUUAAAUCAUCUCAAAUACG